GGGGGGCCGUCAACUAUGGCCGGCGCAGAAGGCAGGCCACGAAAGAAAUGUGGCAGCGCAUUUCGCUUAGUACGGACUUAGACUGCUCUAAGUGGCGGUCGUGCACGCCGGUGUCCGAAGACGAGGACAACGACGACGACGACGACGAGGACGUCGGUUCGAGACGCGUGACAGAGAAAUUCUCAGACCCUGAAACAAAAGUUUCCAGCUGCCCUUACUGGACCGUGGAACACUCUCGUCCUCUAACGUCGCCUACGCCUUCUUGCGUAAACCGGAUGCUCGUCACAGGCGCGCUUAUACGAAUUCGGUGGUCGUGGCAAACGUCGUCCGAACGUGGUGUGAAUUUUCGCCUGGGAUCUACGACCGGGUCAAGUGACAACGAUCGUGACAGUGACACUGAAGUGCGCGUGGCUGCGACAUCACGUUAGGCGAAACGCAACUCCGACCGACGUGUUUUGACACCUUCCAGCUACCACCGGUCGACGUUUUCGCCUCUUCGAUGACAUAAAAGAGAAGCGCACGCGUCUACGAGAGUGCAACGAAUUUCCCGCGGAAACGACUGAGUCGAUACGUGAACACGUUGGACUCGGUUGUCGCAUGAUAUUUCAAAACAAGCGAACUCGCGUGUGCGCCCUCGUGUUUGUCGGCGGUAUCCCACGAGAGGGAGAUACCGGAAUAGAAGGAGCGAGAUAGAGAGAGAAAACGGUGUACGGAGAAGCUUGGUGUCGAGCAAAACCGAGGGAAAUAGAAGGAUAGGGAAAGAAGACGGAAGCAAAAUACGAAUGGGAAACCGGAGAGAGCGGUUGCGUAUUUACUCUUCCACGGUGGUACGAAGCUAACCUAAAAGCCUAUUCCCGGUCUCUGUUUUGCUGUGUAUAUAUCAUCGAUGGGCACAAUACAGCCGCGCAUGCGCAGAACAAGUUGUGUGUACCUCGUGCGCGAAUUUCGAUUGCUGUGCUUGUCGCAUUUAUAUACGACGUUCGAGAUAAGGCGCGGCAAAUCGAGAAGGCUGAUCGAACGUGUGCUGUGAGAUGUGUUUUAACAAGAAGUUCGUGCUAGUAUUACGUGUAAAGCGUAGUAACAGUGAAGUGUGAAAUCGUUUUUUUUUUCUUCGCGUGUUUUUUCGUGUCUCAUGUUUCAUUUGCGACGUAACGUGUCGGCGGGUUCGUAACGCGUUACGAACGGAAGCCAGGACCUAGGCCAAGGGAAAAGUUCCGGGGAAAGAUUACGAGUUAAGCGAAACGUCUCCGUACGGAGAGUAAUAUUACAAAACAAUCAUACUGCGAAUUGUGUCGAAGCGAAUGCAUGACGGAUCAUGGUUUCUGCGUCCGGCCCCACAGGGAUCCUAGCGGGACGCCCUUCUGGUUCUUCUCAGUGCCAUCAAAAUUUACAGUCGUCGCAGAAUGGGUGUACGUCGAAAGUUCACAAUGAUAAGCACAUUAAAAUCGGUAUUGAGGACGCGAAACAACGACACGAAUCGGACCUUUACAUUAGGCCGAGUUGGACGGAUGCUGCGAUAGCGUUGGAUCAACUUGAGAAGGGCAAAGCGGAAGGUCAGAGGUCUGCGGUGUGGAUCAGGGCAAGGCUGCAGGAUCAGCUGAGUCAGCUGGGCUACUUCCUGCAGAGGCACGCAGGCAAAGUUCUCUUCCUCGCGAUCGUCGCUUUAGCUACGUUCUGCGUCGCCCUCAAGUCGGCUCAAGUUCACAGCAAGGUCGAACAGCUCUGGGUUCAAGAAGGCGGAAGGCUACAAAAAGAGCUGACCUACGCCUCGGAAGCACUGGGUGAAGCAGCCGCCUCGACGCAUCAACUGGUCAUCCAAACCCCGAGACAUUCCGGGGCGAAUAUUUUGCAUCCAGCCGCACUCAAGGAACAUUUAGCGAUCCUGAAGGCGGCGACGCAGGUCACCGUACACCUGUUCGAAAUCACGUGGAGGCUGAAAGACAUGUGUUACGCGCUGAACAUACCCAACUUCGACAUGCACUACAUCGACCAGAUCUUCGAUAGUAUCAUACCGUGCGCCAUCAUUACGCCCCUCGACUGUUUCUGGGAAGGCAGCAAACUCCUGGGACCGGAGUAUCCCGUCCACAUACCCGGGACGCAAACGAACAAGCCGGUGCAAUGGACGAACCUCAAUCCGUCUGGUAUGCUGGACGAGAUGAAGAAACUGCAGUUCAUGUUUCCCUUCAAAACUCUGGAGGAUUACAUGAAGCGAGCCGGGAUAACGAAUGGCUACCAGAGCAAGCCGUGCCUCGACCCAACAGAUCCGGAAUGCCCGGAAACCGCACCUAACAAAAAAUCCCAGCAGGUACCAGACAUAGGGGCGGAAUUAACAGGCGGCUGUUACGGUUUUGCUGCGAAAUAUAUGCAUUGGCCCGAGGAGCUGCUCGUCGGCGGCGCUAAGCACAAUAAGACUGGUCACUUGACCCGUGCAGCUGCGCUCCAGACCGUUGUGCAGCUAAUGGGUGAACGAGAACUUUACGAUUUCUUCGCCGGCACCUACAAGGUACACCACAUCGACUGGUCCCAGGAGAAGGCGUCCCAAGUGCUUGAAACUUGGCAACGGGCGUUCAGCAAUCAGGUGAAAAAGCAUUUGGACGCGAACGGCUCGGCGCCGUACAAUUUGUAUGCGUUCAGCACGACAACGAUGAACGACAUACUCGGAAAGUACAGCGAGGUGCCCGUCAUGAAGAUCGCCAUUGGCUGUGCAAUAAUGCUGUUGUACGCAGGCAUAGUCCUCCUUCGAUGGAAAGAUCCAGUACGUUCGCAAGCCGGUGUCGGGAUAGCCGGCGUGAUGUUAAUCUGUGCCACGGUGGCAGCGGGUUUGGGGUUCUGCGCCCUUCUGGGAAUUCCCUUCAACGCCGCGACCACUCAAAUUGUUCCGUUCCUAGCAUUAGGGCUCGGUGUCCACGACAUGUUCCUAUUGACGCACACGUACGCUGAAUUAUCAGUGAACGAAGUUCCAAGCGGAGAACAGACUGGAGUGGUUCUGAAACGGACCGGUCUUUCAGUUCUCUUGGCAGGAAUUAGCAAUGUCUCUGCUUUCUUCGCGGCGGCGUUGAUACCGAUUCCAGCCCUGCGAGUGUUCUGCCUGCAAGCUGGAGUGUUGCUGCUGUUUAAUCUUGCCGCCAUGUUGCUGGUAUUUCCAGCCAUGGUCAGCUUAGACCUAAGAAGACGCCGCUCAGGACGCUCGGACGUGUUCUGUUGUUGCCUACCGUCCUCGAAUACCGGGAAGAACAAGUAUGCGAGCAGGAAUGGCACCGCGAAGCAAACAGUAACCAGAGCGAUCCCGCCGGAGCGUCGCGAGACCUGCACCCAGAUCCUGACGUCUCAGAACGCGCAGAACGAGUCCUGGGUAGGCGGUAACAUCGACGUGGACUUGGACAAGCAAUGCAGCGAAGAGGACACCCUAACCGGUUGCAGCCAGGACGAUUGCCUUAGCUUCUCGUUGACCCAAAUGGCUGCCAGGCAUUACGCCCCGUUCGUCACUAAACCGGCAACCAAGGUCUUUGGAAUGAUGAUACUAAUCGCGGUUCUGGCUGGUAGUGUCUGGCAAGCCAUCAGGGUGAAUGACGGUUUAGAGUUAACCGACUUGGUUCCACAGAACUCCAACGAACACGCUUUCUUGGCUGCCCAGGCGAAACACUUCGGAUUCUACAAUAUGUACGCCGUAACCGGGAGGGAUUUCGAGUAUCCCAAUAACCAGAAGUUAUUGUACGAGUACCACGACGCUUUCAUGAGGAUAAAGAAUGUGAUCAAGAAUGACAACGGUGGCCUGCCCGAGUUCUGGCUGAGUUUAUUCAGAGACUGGCUGAGAGGCCUGCAAAGCGCUUUCGAUAAAGACUACAGCAAUGGGUGUAUCACGCAGGAGAGGUGGUACAAGAACGCCAGCGACGAGGCCAUUCUCGCGUAUAAACUUUUAGUGCAGACUGGCCAUGUUGACAAUCCUAUCGACAAGUCGCUGGUUACGCAAGUUAGACUCGUCGAUUCGGAAGGAAUCAUCAACCCUCGUGCAUUUUACAAUUAUUUGAGUGCUUGGGUAUCCAAUGAUGUCCUCGCUUACGGAUCGUCCCAAGCGAAUUUGAGGCCGGAACCAAGGCAGUGGAUCUACACCAAUGAUCACGAGCUGAAAAUCCCUAAGAGCAUGCCUCUCACUUAUGCUCAAAUGCCUUUUUAUUUGCACAAACUCACCGACACGCAAGAGAUCACUGAGCUGAUAGGUAGCGUAAGGAGAUUGUGCAGAAAAUUUGAAGAACGGGGACUACCUAAUUUUCCGUCCGGCAUACCGUUCCAAUUUUGGGAACAGUACAUGGACUUGAGGAGUUGUCUGGGCAUUGCUUUACUCGCUGCUCUGACAGCCAGUGUCGUGGUAGUUGGGAUACUGCUAUUGAACCUGUGGGCUGCUUUGUUAGUUGGUACCUCGCUUGCUGCUGUUGUUUUACAACUUCUCGGGAUCAUGGGCUUAUGUGAUAUAAAACUGAGCGCUGUUCCAGCUGUCCUUUUGGUCGUUAGCGUUGGUAUUGCUGUACACUUCACGGUGCAUAUUUGUCUGAGUUUCGUCACGAGUAUCGGAAGCAGAGAUCGAAGGGUCCGCCUAGCGUUGGAACACAUGUAUGCGCCUGUAAUUCAUGGGGCUUUAACGACUCUGCUGGCUAUCGUAAUGUUAGCCUUCUCCGAGUUCGAGUUUAUCGUACGAUACUUUUUCCUGGUGUUGCUCUGCUUAAUUGGGAUUGGGUUGGUGAACGGUUUAUUUUUCCUGCCUAUUUUGUUGUCUUUAAUUGGACCAUGUCCGGAAGUAAUACCCAAUGAUCAUCCGGAUCGUAUUUCAACACCGACACCACCUGCUUCGCCGAUCGUCAGAAGAUCGAAGCCCCCAGCGCCACCGAGAAGAUCGUACAAGAUCGAUAAUGCUAGGUUACACACUGAGCCUUCCCUGACGACAAUUACCGAGGAACCCAAUUCGUGGCACAGUACGCAAGAAUCCUGUAUAAUCGUUCAGCCAGAAUUGAAAGUCGAGACAACGUCGACGUGUGGUAAUCAGAACUGUAGUGGAUCAGAUACAAGUGGGUCUAGUCGAAUAUCACCAGUGACAUCAACAUCUCAUAUCACAACUAAAGUCACUGCCACAGCUAAUAUAAAGGUGGAAGUUCACACACCGUUAACCAUAGGUACAAUGGACCGUAGUGAAAAAUGCAGGCACACGACUUCCAGUAGCCGAAGGAGCACGCGCUGCAAUGCGAACAUUAAUGUUGGGGAGUCUUCCGGUUCCAGUUCUGAACCGGAUUCAGAUUCUAACCAACAUAAACACUAAUAAUAAGUACCGGCAAGACCGGCAGCUACUGCUCAAGUACCAUGCAAAGCGGGAACAUACAGAAGGCUGACUAGGAUAGAUUUAUAGUUUUCUUCCUCUUUUCUUUAGUAACAUAUAGCGAAGUGCAAGCACCCAAUAUAUAUAAAUACUGACAACUCUAUUCAAGGUGUGUUUGCUGGAAGUUUUACGUUGAAAUUGAUCGUUUCGGCUAUUAUAGUAUCCAUUAUUUUGAAUAUAUGGAAAAAAGAAAAUAAAAAGAUGUGAACUAAUAAAUAAAAAAGUUGUAAACUAAUCUUGAAUAGAGCACGAAGUAACUUAUAGUUCCCUGCACAGCACUGACAAUCAGAAUUCACAGGGUACUUUCACAUCGCUAAUGAUUUAACGUGCUUAUUUGAAUUGAGAAACAAAAGUAUUAUGACUCAAAAAGAUGUCUUUAUACUCACUCACGGAACCAAUGCGUGCAGUGUUUACGUUUGUAUAUAAAUGUUCUCAAAGACACAUUUAUAUUUGUAUCAUACAUUCAAUGCAGAGCAUUGUUUGCCCAAGUCUUCUUUCUGAAUUGAAUGUGUGAUAAUUGGGAUAGACAAAGCGUGCGAUGUUAACGAAUUGACUUAAGAGCACGUCAAAGAAGAUGCUUUACUAUGCUCUGUGGUAUACGACAGUUUCCAUGAAACUAUAAGGAUAUUAUUUAGCAAAGUAGAAAAAUUUAAUUAUCUCCUCUAUAACUGUUAAUAAUAUGGUGACAAAGAUUAUGGAAGCGUACGAAAUGCGAGCAACGACUGUAUAAUAUUUUCUAAGUAUUUCUCGCGAAAUCCGUUGAACGAAAUAAAGUAUAUAAGUAUUAACAUUUUUUUUGUCAAAAUGUUAUGUUAUGAGAAUGUGCAACUUUAUCGAGAUGUUUUCCUUUUAGAAGAUACAAAUAGCAUUGUUCGCAUAAUGUGUGUACUGAAGUUUUCGCGAUACGAUGUAAACGCGUCAUUAUCGAGCGAAUAAGAUGUAUUUACUAAAACGUUUGUACCUAUUUGGGUACUUGGAUUGCUGAACCUUGACAGAUUACGUUUACGUAAUAUUGUGUAGAGGUAUAACUUCUAAUUUAGAAGUAAAUAUGACAAAUAUAGACUUUUCGCGAUGUUUCGUCUUCGUAACAACUACAAUGUGGUGCCUUAAAAAAAAGAUUAUGAAAUUUGAGUGACUACUAUUUAUUAUAUGCUAACAGUUAACAUGCAGUGUGUAUAUGACUCGAGCGAUAUUGAAUCUAAAAUCUAUUUAUUAUUUAUUUUAUGUCCUCACACUAAUAUUAUGACUAUUUAAAACGAUACAUUUUGUACAAUGCCUAUUUCAUAUAAUUUGUAAAAAAAUAUAUACUUAAUUAUUUAUGUCACAUGCUAUAUAAUAUUUUUAUAUAAAAUCGUUACUUAAUUUAAUAAAAUAAGUCAAUCCAUCUGACUCGUACCUCUAAUGUAAAAAUGUAUAAUAUAUUAUUUUUCACGGUUAAUAUCUGCAAGUAUAUUUCAAUGCAAGUAUGUCACAGACUUAUGUACAAUAAAAGAAGUAUUUUUUAUGCGAAGUCAACUUGUAAACAUAAUGAAUGCAGAGAAGGUAUUUAAUAAAAACAGAUGCUCUAUAAUAAAUGUAAAAUUAUUUGUGCAUAAGGAACAAAUCUAUAAGAAACAGAAUAGUCAAUGUACCUCCAAUUGUAUAUAUGAAAUUCCAGUAUCGUAUUUCAUCUGAAUUAGGACUGCUGUGGUACAAAUUCGUGUGCCUUUUAAACAUACAUAUCUCGAAACACAGAGCCAGUAACUCUUUCUAAUCUCAUGUUUCAACCGGAGGUGUAAAAAUUAACUUACUAUUAUUUUUAAUAUUUUAGAAGUUAAUUAUUUUUAUGUAUUGAAUAUAGAAGCAAUUAAUUGUAUGAUUUAUAAUAUUCAUUUGUACAUAAAUAU